AUGACAUGCGGCAAGUUCGAACAUGUUUCUCAUUCAGAAUUAUGGAGUUUUGCCACUCUACUCGUCAUCUCGCUAUCUUUGUACGCCCUCUGGGACUACAUUAAAACGGUGCUGCUCUCACUGAAACUAUCCGGCCCGGUAGCAUUGCCUAUACUGGGAAAUUGUUUGAUCAUAAAGGAGAAAGACAUGCUUGCUAAGCGCGUGGCAACAGCUUUUGGACUCUAUGGACCUUUAAUACGCAUUUGGGUGCUACUCUUUCCCUUCUUCGUUGUCCUCCAACCAGAUGACUUACAGGUCAUACUCUCAUCGAAGAAGCAUACGGAAAAGGUGUUCAUCUACAAAUUGAUGCACAACUUCCUGGGCAACGGUUUAAUAACUAGUAGUGGCGAAAAGUGGAAUGCGCAUCGAAAGUUUAUACAACCUUUAUUUCAUCUAACGAUUUUGGAGCGCUUCAUCGGCACAUUCGCAGAUGCCUCGCAAGCGCUCUUUGAAAAUCUGCAUGCAUCGGCCAGUGAAGAGAUUAAUAUCGCCAAAUUUAUUAAUAAUUGUGUUAUGGAUAUUUUAAAUGAGGCUGUUUUGGGCGUACCAGUAAAACGAAAGGGCGAACGAGUGGAUAUGGAACAGUCGCCGUUCAGACAGGGCAAAGUUGUUGUCAGUGAACGCUUCGUGCAGCCGUGGCUACUAUUUGAGAGCGUCUAUAAGUUUACCAAAAUCGCCUCAGAGGAGCUAGAUCAAAAGAAACGCCUCGAUGAAUUUACGCGCAAAAUGAUCAAAUAUCGCCGGGAACUAAGCGCCAAUGGCAAUGGCAACGGGCGCAAGUGUCUGCUAGAUUAUAUGAUUGAAAUCUCCGACAACAAUGCCGACUUCACCGAGAAUGAUAUUGUCGACGAAGCCUGCACCUUUAUGUUGGCCGGACAAGAUUCAGUUGGUGCUGCUGUGGCUUUUACGCUUUUCUUGCUGGCGCAAAACCCAGAAUGUCAGGAAAAAUGUAUUGCCGAAAUCAAUGAUAUAUUCAUGGGCGAUCAACGGCCGCCCAAUAUGAAUGACUUACGCGACAUGCGCUAUCUGGAGAUGUGCAUCAAAGAAGCUUUGCGCUUGUGUCCCAGUGUGCCGUUGAUGGCGCGCAAAUUGGGCGAAGAAGUACGCCUGGGCAAGUAUACAUUGCCUGCGGGCAGCAAUAUUUUCAUUUGUCCCUACGCCACCCACCGGCUGCCACACAUUUAUCCUGAUCCUGAGAAAUUCGAGCCGGAGCGUUUCUCGCCGCAGCGCAAUGAAGCACGUCAUCCCUAUGCCUAUAUACCAUUCAGUGCCGGACCGCGUUACUGCAUUGGCAAUCGUUUUGCUAUUAUGGAAAUGAAAACAGUCAUUUCGCGCAUAUUAAGAAGUUAUCAGCUGUUACCGGUACCGGGCAAGACCUCAUUCAAGGCAACAUUCCGCAUUACAUUGCGCGCUUCUGGCGGUUUGUGGGUGCGGCUAAAAGCACGCGAACAUCCACUGGAGGAUUAUGUGCAGUAG